AUGUCGAGAUGCCUAAAGAUCUUUGGAGCAAAUGGGGAGCUUCGGUCGCAGCCCGUAGUAGAGAAUGAAACACCAGUUUGUGAGGAGGAAAUUUGCUUAGAGGUUCUUGGACACAAGUCAGGGUACAUACGUGGUCGUGGGCAUGGUCUGAAGCUUAGCCGAUCCUUAUCCAAGCACCACAAAAAAUUAGAGUUGGAGGCAACCAACAAAAGGGCCAAUGAGUUGGAAGAAAAACUCAAUGCUUAA